GGCUUCACAAAUGGAACCAUAGCCAUACCACUCUUCCAACAUCUCUCUUACCAAGUAGGAUAACGUUUUCUCAUCCUCCCACUCACCAUGCUUUCACUCACCAUAAACACCCCUAAGCCCCUCUUCCUCGCUACCCCCUUCCUUCCCAACCACCACCACCACCACCACCACCUCCACCCACCGCCGCUAAAUACGCAGAAACCACCGAAGCCCUUGUCUGUCUCGGCACUCAUUCUUCCCCCUUCCUCUUCCACCUCUCAGCAGCAACAAAAAGUAUACCAGCCGUACAGGCCUCCUCCCUCCCCUCUCCCCUCCAAAUACCGCAAUCUCGACACUAAUGCCCAACUUGAAAUUCUCUCCAAUCGUUUGGGCCUUUGGUUCGAAUACGCCCCUCUAAUCACAUCCCUUAUCGGAGAAGGAUUUAUUUCUACCACCCUCGAAGAGAUCACUGGUAUUCCCUCACUUGAGCAAAACUGCCUUGUUGUCGCCGCCCAGGUCCGCGACUCUCUUGUUGAGUCCACUGACGAGGAGACUGUUUCGUAUUUCGACGGCCCGAGAUCCCCUGAAAUUCUUUAUGAAAUUCGGAUUCUGAAUACCACGCAACGCGCCCUGGCAGCCCGGUUCAUUAUAGCGCAUGGCUUUGAGAGGAAGAAAUCCGAAGAGUUGGCCAGGUCCAUGAAGGAUUUUCCGCGUAGGUAUGGAGAAAGAGGGUGGGGGAGUUUUGAUGGGAAUUUGCCGGGUGAUUGUUUGGCCUUCAUGUAUUUUAGACAAGGCCACGAGCACAAAUCUGCGUUGUCCCCCGAAUUAAGUAAGGCGGCUUGGGAAAGAGCUUUGGAAAUGGCGGAGACGGAGAAGGCAAAACAGAUAAUAUUGGAGGAUUUGGAGGGAAAAGAUGGGGAGGGAGGCGAAGGUGGUAUUGGUAUAGAUGAUUUGGUGAGAGUGCCAGUUGUUAGGAUGGCGAUUGGGGAGGUUGCAGAAUCGAGUGUGGUGGUGGUGUUGCCAGUUUGCAGGGCAGAGGAGAGAGAGGUUGCGGUGGAAGAGGCACCGUGGGAGAGCGGAAUGGGAGGAGAGUUUGGGAUGGUGCAGGUGGAGAAGCCUUGGAGCCGGUGGGUGGUGUUGCCCGGAUGGGCGCCGGUGGCAGUGUUGAAGAGAGGGGGAGUGGCCGUGGCAUUUCCAAAGGCAAGGGGAGUUUUGCCGUGGAGGAGCAGGAGGAGGGAUGCGGAUGAGGAGAUUUUGGUGGUGGUGGACAGGGAACAGGAGGUGGUUGCCGAUGACGGGUUUCAUUUGGUCGUCAGUGGUGGUAAUGGGAGUGGUGAAGAGGGAUUGAAAGUGGAGAGGGGGGCCAAGUUGAAGGAGAUGGGGGUGGAGAAGAGCUUGGGGACUGUGGUUUUGGUGGUUAGGCCACCUCGAGAAGAGGAGGAUCAAUUGGCUGAUAUAGAGUGGGACUGAAACAGUAGUUAUCUGAUGAAAUACAGCACCAUAUCAAUUGUGAGAAUUCCACCCCUCCGGAAUGAUGCUUGAGAGAAGGACUGCAGUUGCUGUUACUGUUGCUGUUGCAGUACUUCGGCCUCAGCUGGAAGAUGUAGAAAUUGGUCACUAGUUUCAGAGGGCCAUCAAAGCUUGAGCAAGAAUUAAGAGAUGCAGAUUUGAUGUGGCUGUCUCAUCCUGUACUCUGUUUUUUCACUGUAGUCUUGAUAAUUUUUUGCUUUCGGAUCUUUCAUAUGUUCCUGGAAGUUUAUCAACGCGCAAGUACUAUAAGGAACUUGUACUGAUUCCAACAGAAUAUAAAAAGAUUUCUGAAUAUUCUCAACA